GUUCAAAGGAGUUAAUUUCGCGACGCGAGACUUCCAAAGGCCGAUGAUGGUGGAUUAUUUGCAGCCGAGCUCAAGUCUCUGAUUCGUUUCUUCGGUCUCGGACCUUCUACCCCCACCGAAGCCGACGCUAGUAUAUUGAUAAGAUCGACCGCAACGAAUUAGAGCUCGUCAUUGAUCUCUCCAUCUCAUAAUAUCCCGGCCACGGACAUAAUCCCCGGUGAAUCUCAGCUUACAAAGACCGAAUCCUCAUCCGUAAAAUACCACAGUUCUCGGCCUGUCAAUUAUCGGUCGGUGUAAUACCAUAUCAUGUCUUCUCGGCCCCGAACUCGGUCGUGCGCCGUAUGUCAUCGCCGAAAAGUUCGCUGCGACAAGAAAUUCCCAUGUGCGCAGUGUGUUCGGUCUGGCUUUGAGUGCUCGUAUCCGCCUGCGGGGCCGCCUGCACGACGGGCGAAGAAGACGACGAUUAAUGAUGUUGCAAGUCGCAUCUCGCAGAUGGAGAAGACGAUUGAGGCGUUCAAGGCUGGACAAGAUGUGUCGCCGCAACCGACGGUGUCUGCAAGUUCAGUGACGCCUGCGAAUAGUGUGCCUACGCCGGCAAGUACAACUGCAGAUGUUGAGGUCAGAGAGAGGGUUGGGGGUUCACACAAUGUGGAACGGAGUUCUCGUGAGGGUCUCUUGUUCAAUAAGGGAAAAAGUAGUCAUUAUGUCAACGAAGUUCUCUUCUCUCGAGUGAUCGAGCAGGAGGACGACGUGCGAAUGGCCUUGGCAAGCCCCAGAGAUGAGCCACCUCAUGAUGCCAACUCUCCAACAUGUCACUUGAAUCCCAUGGGGUGGUUAUCAGCUGGUAUAGCAUCGGUAUCCACCGCCAUUUAUCACCCACAAAGACGCGUAGCCAUCCACCUAUGGAAAGUCUUUGUCGAUGGUGUUGAUCCAUAUACCAAAGUUCUGCACAUCCCUACCGCCGAGACAGUCAUCUACACAGUCACCAGCGACCCAAACAAAGCUUCGAAUGAAAAUUUGGCACUUUGUUUUGCCAUCUACUACGCUUCCGUGACGGCCAUGCCCCCCGAUGAUGUGCUCAAUAUCACUGGGGAGGACAAAAAGCAAGCUCUCCUUCGAUACAGGAUGUGUUUGGAGCAGUCUCUGGCCCAAGCAGAUUUCCUCGAUAAUCCUACCAUCACUCUUCUUCAAGCGCUGGCAAUCUAUGGGGGCUCAAUGCGUGUUCAUACCUCAGGUCGGGCGGUAUGGAUCAUGAAUGGCCUUGCGCUCCGAUCUGCACAAUCAAUAGGUCUGCACAGAGAUGGCAGCAAACUCGGCUUAUCCCCCUUUGAGUCAGAAAUCCGACGUCGAGUAUGGUGGUAUUUCCAAGAGCGAGACGGGAGAGGCGCUGAGGACUAUGGACUGCAGAAUCCAUCAGGCAUUAGUCCAGUAUACAGUGUGGAGCUGCCACGGAACUUACACGAUAGUGACAUCUUCCCCGGCAUGAAAGAGCUUCCACCCUCAAGGCCAGAUUGGACGCGAAUGACACUGCCGCUGUGCUGCAAUCAUGCGUCGCAGGCGUGGGCUCAACUCUUCCAGAUGAGCUGCUCUGCAGAUGGCAUACCAGAUGAAGAUGUACGAAAGCGGCUCAUCAAAGAUGCCGUUGAAAAGGUUGAAGGAAUUCUGCAGCGUUGCAACCCCGUGAUACCGGAACAGAGAAUGACGAUCCGAACCGCACGUCUGAUUCUCUGCAAAGUGGACGUUGUCUCUCGUCGCCAAUGGCAGAUCCUCCGCUCACCCGACGAUCGCCAACCGCCAAUGGCCACAGAAGCCGAAGUCACUGAAGCAGUCGAACUCCUCGAACUCUCCAACAUCAUGUGGCGAGACGACGACCUCCUCGCCUUCCAGUGGCUCAGCCGCUCAUAUCCCCAAUAUCACAUAAUGCUCUUCAUCCUCCGUCACUUAUGCGUAUGUCCCCGCGGAGAACUUGCCAAGCGAGCUUUUGCAGCUGUGGAGAUUCAACUUGAGAAUUUCAAGACGAGUGAGAAUAAGCCGUUGAAUGGGUUGAAGUGGACUGUUCUCACGACGUUGAGAGAGAGGGCGUUUUUGUUGAUGCAGAAGGUUGAGAGGGAGAAUGUAGAUGUACAACAUGAUGAGAGAAGUCAGCAGAUGGGGUUUCAGGGGAGUGGGGAGGCGAUGCAGAGUGCGAGUGAGGUUGCUGUUCCGGAUUGGAAUAUGAUUUUGGAGGAGUUUCCGUUAGAUAUGGAAGACUUUUCGUUGAUUUUCUGAGGAGUAAGGAGAACGUUUGUAUGAUUACAUGAAGGAAUAUGACUUGAGCCAACGUUGAUACAUGGUCACAAAACAAAGAUAUUAUAUUCUAGAUUAAGCAAUGCCAAGGUACACUAUCUUAAGACGACCUACCCUGCCAUCACCAGAGCCACUGUUUGAAUUCUUCCACUCAUGUCCAUACACUGUUAUACCCAAACUUCAUCAAGCCUUGAGGCCUCUGUCUUUCUGGGUUCUCAGA